GCACAGGAAGUGACUGAGGUCUCGGUUAAGGCAAAAGAAACAGCAAUGUUCACCCAGAUGCUUCAACUCUUCAACCAGCCGGCGUAGUGCAGCAGACAUUUUCUGCUCAGUGUUCCUCUCGAAGUUCUGGUCGGUUAGACGAACAGGCUGGAGGGAAGCCUUGGGUCCAGUCUGCUGAAGAGGAUUUCUUCCAGGAAGUCUCAUCAGCGCAACAGUCCACAGCCCCCUGAGGCCAAUGAAAUGGGGGGAAGUGGAGAUGACAGCGGGCCAGGGAGGCUGAGCCGCACACUGUCUCGCCUGAGCAGGCAUCAGAGGGAUCCUCCGAGACCUCCAGCUCCUGAAAGACCUCCUGCUCCGGCAGACAGGCCUGCUCAACAAGAUGACAGGCUUUCUCCUCCAGCUCCAGCCCCUGCUCCAGCCCCAGCUCCAGCUCCUCUCCCUCCACCCAUGGAAAUGCCACCUAAACGGCCAGACAAAUCCACAAAACCCAAACUUCCCCCUCGGCCGCUGUCCAAAGUGUUCAGUAGCACUGAACAUGGAACAGCUGUGUUGCAGGGCUUUGAUACUUUUCGGGCAGAUGAGACUCUCUGUGAUGUCGUCUUGGUUCCUGGGGACAGCACGGACACUUUCCCAGUCCACAGAGUCAUAAUGGCUUCAUCCAGUGACUAUUUCAAGGCAAUGUUCACAGGAGGCAUGAGGGAGCAGGAGAUGAGAGAGAUCAAGCUGCAUGGGGUCACUAAGUUGGGUUUAAAGAACAUUAUAGACUUCAUUUACACAUCCAAAGUCUGCCUCGACAUGGGUAAUCUCCAGGAUACAUUGGAGGCUGCAAAUUUCUUGCAGGUCAUGCCUGUUCUGAGAUUCUGUAAUCAGCUUCUGAGCAGUGAGAUCACUAUUGAUAACUGUGUGGAGGUGGAGCGCAUCGCUACAGACUUGAUCCUGGACGAUGUUAAGCAGAAUAUAGGUGAGUUUGUGAGCCAGAACUUAACAGCAUUGGUGGAGUGUGACCGCUAUCUGCAGCUCUCUGAAACCACCAUGGCCAAUGCUCUGGCCAGCAAUUCCUUGGACGGUUUCACUGAGAUGGACCUCUACCGCAUCGCUAGAGGAUGGCUGGACCAUGACCACCCCAAUCGACGCUCCUCUGUGUACGCUGUGAUGCGUCAUAUUCGCUUCCCACUGAUGAGCCCCACUGAGCUGAUUCAGAUCUCCCAGGACAAUGAAGAGGGAGGAGACUCCAUGAUGCGCUCUGAGACGGCCUGUGUGAACCUCCUGCUGGAGGCCAGCAACUACCAGAUGAUGCCGUUCAUGCAGCCAGCUCUGCAAACUGAGCGGACGCAGAUACGCUCAGAUGCCACCCACAUUCUGGCACUUGGUGGUGUGAUGCGACAGCAGCUGGUGGUGAGCCGGGAGUUGAGGCUGUAUGAUGAAAACUCGGGCCAUUGGAGGGCCCUGAAGCCCAUGGAUGUGCCGCGUUACCAGCAUGGAGUGGCUCUUCUAGGCGGUUUCCUCUUUAUUGUUGGAGGCCAGAGUACUUAUGAUACCAAGGGUAAGACGGCCAUAGACAGUGCCUACCGCUACGAUCCACGCUUCGACAAGUGGCUUCAGAUUGCUUCGCUCAAUGAGAAGAGGACUUUCUUCCACCUGAGCGCUCUGAAGGGGAAACUGUAUGCAGUCGGAGGAAGGAAUGCCUCAGGAGAGAUUGACACGGUGGAGUGCUACAACCUGAAGAAAAAUGAAUGGACAUUUGUGACCAGUAUGGUGGAGCCUCACUAUGGACAUGCUGGAACAGUUCACGGGGACCUCAUGUACAUUUCAGGUGGCAUCACCCGUGACACGUUCCAGAAGGAGCUUUGGUGUUACAAUCCUGUCGAUGACACAUGGAGUCGAAGAGCCGACAUGAUGGAGCUCCGCGGCCUGCACUGCAUGUGCACUGUGGGAGACAGACUCUACGUCAUGGGUGGGAAUCACUUCAGAGGCAGCAGCGACUACGACGACGUCCUGGGCUGCGAAUACUACAGCCCAGAGACGGACCAGUGGACAGUGGUGUCGCCAAUGCCUCGGGGUCAGAGCGACGUUGGUGUGACAGUGUUUAACGGGCAGAUCUACGUGGUGGGAGGGUAUUCCUGGAACAGCAGAUGCAUGGUUGACAUUGUGCAGCGGUAUGAUCCGGAGCAGGACGUGUGGGACAGGGUGUUCAACGUGCUGGAGCCUCUGGGGGGAAUUCGCGCCUGUACAAUGACAGUUCAUCUGCCGGAGGGGUCAGUGGAUGAGGCUCAGAUACAGGAGUGUCCCCUGCCCACAGCUAAGAGCUGAUAGUGCACCACAGACAGGGGGGUUUCCAACUGUUGCUACUGUCAGACCAGAAUUGGCAUGAUAAAAAUUGCCUGCAUGUUGUGGCAAAACAGGAAAUAGUGUGGGUUGCAAACACAAGCUGCAGGUGCAAGCAUGGCUAGCUAGCUGUUAUUAGCAUUCAGCUGUUUGAAAAGUAAACACCUUUUUAUCGAACAUGCCUUUAGUAGCAUUUUAUGUCCUCACAUUAACAUUUCUGCAGCCUCCCUCAUGCUCUGCUGCUUGUGUUCUCUCAUUCUGCACUUUCAGUUCAAGGAAACACUCAAUACGUCCUUAAUGAAAAAAGUCAAACCCACCCUCACUCUCAGGCUGGACAUUGAUUCAUUGAUAAUUGAGUGUCACUGUUUCACAGGUCAAAGUUAGAGUAAAAUGUCCUCUGAAGCAAACAUAUCAGAAAGCAAAUCCAUUUCUUUACUGAAAUAAAUGAAAAAAACAGAGGCAUUUUUAAAGGUAGCUUUAGACUUUAGAAUCUGGCAUUAUUUGUAUCUUUUCAUUAUUAUUUAGUAAUCUCACAAAUAGACCAAAAACAAUGAUGACUUUAUCCUGCUAACAAACACUGUCUGUGUAGCUACAUCCUGGCAUUUAGUAGCUAGUGCGAGUAUGUGACUCACAAGCUGAGAGAAAUGAACUGAAUCCUCUGUGUCAUAAUCAAGGAUGAAGAAAUGUGUCAGAGGUCCGGAUGUGGCUCAUUUGUAUGGUUUUAUUGAUAAUGGAGUCACAGAGUCAUAAGAUGAAAGCUAGACUGUGGCUACAAAGACAACACGUCUUUAUUAUGAUUUGGAAAUUCCAUUGGAACUCGCUGUCCAUCUGUAACUAACACAGAAAGUCACAUUUUCACAUUAAAAC